AAAACAGACAAAACCUCAUUUCCCUUAAGUGUUCAAGUGUCACAUUGUCUUCUUAACUCUUUGCAAAGGUUGUCCUAAUAAUGUCGAGGCAGCUAGAUCCACUUUCUGUAGGGAGAGUUAUAGGAGAAGUUGUUGACAGUUUUAUACCUUGUGUCAAGUUGACUGUAACCUUCAACAGCAACAAACAGGUCUCCAAUGGCCAUGAGCUCAUGCCUUCGGUCAUUACGUCUAAACCCCGAGUCGAGAUAGGUGGAGAAGAUCUGAGGGCUGCUUAUACUCUUGUGAUGACUGAUCCUGAUGUUCCAGGCCCCAGUGAUCCAUACUUGAGGGAACAUCUCCACUGGAUAGUUACAGACAUUCCAGGCACCACUGAUGCUUCUUUUGGGAGAGAGAUUGUGAGCUACGAGACACCGAAACCAGUCAUUGGGAUCCAUCGGUAUGUGUUCCUUCUGUUCAGGCAGAAAGCCAGGCACACUGUGAGGCCACCAGCUUCAAGAGAUCUCUUCAAUACAAGGAGAUUUGCUGAAGAGAAUGGCUUAGGGUUGCCGGUUGCCGCAGUUUAUUUCAAUGCACAAAGAGAGACUGCCUGCAGGAGAAGAUAAAAACUAGACCUGGAAUAUCACGCAAAAACAACAAAGGGGUGUUAUAUUGAGGUUUCUUGUGUUGCUUUGUGUCAUAAAACCCUUUACUAUGUUUGGAAACUGGAGGGGUCCCACAAGCUUUUUUAGCUUUCUUCAAGGUUCUGAUGAUGUUAGAAAAUGGAUACUUAUAAAAGAAAAUAAAGGGUGUUUUUGCUGCAUGUGUAAUGGGAUUGUCCUGUAGUCCCCUGAUUAUCAUGUGUCACAAUAAUCAUGAUUGUUAUUAUAGUUUGUU